CGCGUGCGCUCUGCCGCCCUCCAUUGUCUCCACGGCGGCGAGGAGCGCCGGCGAGCGCAGCCCGGGACCGAUCGGGGCGGCGCGGCUGGCUGGCGGGGCCGGCGGCGGCUGGAGCCGGAGCGCGACGCCACGCGACCGCGGCUUCCAGAGCUCCGCCUGGCUGCCCCCACCGCCGCGUGCCCUCCGGGAGCCUUGGAAGAACGAGGGCCGCCGGCGCCGGUCGUGGAGUCCUGAGACGGGGGACGCGCGCGGCGCCCGGAGCCUCCGCCGCUUCCUGCUGCGGGCGGGCGGGCGAGCGGCCUCCUCCGGCGCCUCCCUCCCUCCGCUCGCUGCGGCUCCUCAGGCUCCCGAGCCCGGGGGCGGCCUGUGGCGCGAGGCGCCCGCUCCGGACCGCGCUCCUUCGGACCUUAAGGAGAACAUGCAUUCGGCUUGGACAGUUUGAGAUUCUUAGUUUGGGGUCCCUGCUCGCUUGCUUUUUCCACCCCGCGGAUUGGAUUUUUUUUUUUUUUGAGGAUUUUUUCCUCCUCUCCUCUUUUCAUUUUCUCCCCUCGGGGCUCUUUUGUGACUCCCCCCGCAUACCCCCCAGCCCCCCGCCUUUAUGUUCGCCCAGCCCUCCACCCGCUUCUGAGUAGUGGGGGAGGGUCUUGGCCUCCACGUUCCCGCCCCACCGGGGCCCCGGCGAACAUGGGGGGCAAGCAGAGCACGGCGGCCCGCUCUCGGGGCCCCUUCCCGGGGGUCUCUACGGAUGACAGCGCCGUGCCGCCGCCGGGAGGGGCGCCCCACUUCGGGCACUACCGGACGGGCGGCGGGGCGAUGGGGCUGCGCAGCCGCUCGGUCAGCUCGGUGGCGGGCAUGGGCAUGGACCCCAGCACGGCCGGAGGGGUGCCCUUUAGUCUCUACACCCCCGCCUCCCGCGGGACCGGCGACUCAGAGAGGGCGCCGGGAGGCGGAGGGUCCACGUCGGACUCCACCUAUGCCCACGGCAAUGGUUACCAAGAGACCGGCGGCGGUCACCAUAGAGACGGGAUGCUGUACCUGGGCUCCCGAGCCUCGCUGGCGGAUGCUCUACCUCUGCACAUCGCACCCAGGUGGUUCAGCUCGCACAGUGGUUUCAAGUGCCCCAUUUGUUCCAAGUCUGUGGCUUCCGAUGAAAUGGAAAUGCACUUUAUAAUGUGUCUGAGCAAACCUCGCCUGUCCUACAAUGAUGAUGUGCUGACUAAAGAUGCGGGUGAGUGUGUGAUCUGCCUGGAGGAGCUGCUUCAGGGGGACACGAUAGCCAGGCUGCCUUGCCUGUGCAUCUAUCACAAAAGCUGCAUAGACUCAUGGUUUGAAGUGAACAGAUCUUGUCCAGAACACCCUGCUGAUUGACCCUGCUGGGCCU